AUGAAUCCUGAGUAUGACUAUCUGUUCAAACUUCUUCUUAUCGGUGACUCUGGAGUUGGGAAGUCCUGUCUGCUGCUGCGCUUCGCGGAUGACACCUACACCGAGAGCUACAUCUCCACCAUCGGAGUGGACUUCAAGAUCAGGACCAUCGACAUGAACGGAAAGACCGUGAAGCUGCAGAUUUGGGACACAGCCGGUCAGGAGAGGUUUCGAACCAUCACCUCCAGCUACUACCGAGGAGCGCACGGCAUCAUCAUUGUGUACGACGUCACCGAACAGGAGUCCUUCAACAACGUGAAGCAGUGGCUGGACGAGAUCGACCGCUACGCCUGCGAGAACGUCUCCAGGCUGCUGGUCGGAAACAAGUCCGAUCUCGUCAGUAAGAAGGUGGUGGACGCUGCCACGGCUCAGGAUCUGUCCUCGUCUCUGAAGAUCCCCUUCCUGGAGACGAGCGCUAAGAGCUCCGGUAACGUGGAGACGGCCUUCCUCACCAUGGCCUCUGAGAUCCACAAGCGCCUCGCUAACGAGGGAGGGGGGAUGCAGGGAGAGUCCACGCAAACCAGGGCCCAGAACACCAAGAUCAACAGCGCGCCUCUGUGGCUCGGAGGGGACAAACAGAUGCCUGAGACCAGUACGUGCUGCUGAGACCAGUACCUGCUGCUGGGACCAGUAACUGGGACCAGUUGAAACUUUCCCA